AUGUUAGACACAGAUGUAAUCGGCGAUGUGUCUCGGCUGUCCACUUACAGAGGGGCAAAAAAGGAAGUAAAGAAAAUCUUGGACAUGAGCAUCGACAGCAGCACCAGUGACACUGAUGAGGAGUCCCUGACUUCUUCCUCCUCUUCAGAGUCAUCCGAUGGUGACGUUCCUCGGAAGAGGAGAAGAGGUCACAAAAAGAAGACAAAGAAGGCUAACAGGUCAAAAUCUACCAAGCACAGCUCACGUGCAACAACCCUGGACGACAUACUGAAGCCAUACAAUAAAGUUUUUAACUCCUUCAAGAAAGAAGGGAGCAUAAGUAAGGCAUGCACCAAAGUUGGGGUUGGCCGAAAUACACUCGCAUUAACAGCUGUUGUGGCUGAAAUACAACUUGCUGAUCCAGAGUUUUACCAAAGCAUCCCGGAGUUCAGAGCCAAGGAGGAGAAGCUCUUCCACUUUGCAAAGCGAUGCCUGGAGUCACUGACAGCAGACCUCAGGUCUGCCAUAGAAAAUGCCAAAAAAGAAUGUAAACCACUGCCAAUAAAAUAUAAGUUGAGAUAG